UCUUAAGGAAGAUUAUAUAAAAGGCGAAGAUAAAGCAAAUCCACGUCAAGUUGACUGUACAUGCGCCGUGGUUACAUUACAUCUAUCUUUUCAAGAAAAGACGAAACCCCUCUCCGCCUCCGGGUCAGCUCACCUACAUUCAUUGGAUUCAAAACGCCAACGGAAUGAAAUAAACCACUCCAACAAACAUGCAUAUACAAUUUUGAAAUUUUUCAUCUCAUUCACUUUACGUAAACUGCACCGUGACUCAAAUGGCAAUAAAGGAUAACGAGAGUUGUGGCAGUAGAGUGGUGGAUUCGGCCACUACCAGUGGUCGUUUUCAUAGGAAAAAAUUGGAGGUUUACAAUGAGGUGCUUCGGAGGCUUAAAGAAGAAUCCGACAAUAACGACACUUUACAAUCUGCUUUUGACGAUGAACUUUGGGCUCAUUUCAAUCGCCUUCCUACUCGGUACGCAUUGGAUGUGAAUGUUGAGAGGGCAGAAGAUGUACUCACACACAAGCGAUUACUACAUCUUGCACAUGAUCCAGCUAAUAGACCUGCCUUUGAAGUCCGGUUGGUGCAGGUUGCUCCCAUUCCUGAUGAAAACUCAGUAGAUUCUGUUUAUUCGAGCUCUGCAAAGGAGCAAAUUAGUAGAAGCAUCCAUCCUCCACCUGCCUUUGGUUCUUCUCCUAAUCUUGAAGCCCUAGCUUGCGAAGUUGUCAAAUCUGAAGUUCAAGAUGAGGAUGCUGCUCCUACUUGUGCAAAUAUUUCACGGCCAAUGCAUGAAAUAACAUUCUCAAUGGUUGACAAGCCAAAACUUCUCAGCCAGUUAACUUCAUUACUAGCUGAGCUUGGGCUGAACAUCCAGGAAGCACAUGCCUUUUCCACUGUGGACGGCUACUCCCUAGAUGUCUUUGUUGUUGAUGGUUGGCCCUAUGAGGGCAUGGUGGGGUGGUCUGUUAUUCCUUCUGAUCUCAUUUCUUAUCAGGAAGUUGUGCAACUUCGAGCUGCAUUAGAGAGGGAAAUCUCGAGAACGGAGAAAUCAUGGCCUAGCCCAUCAAAAUCACUAAAAAAGCAGGAACAAGACAUGAUCAAAUGUGAAUUUGACCAUUUGACAAUACCUUUUGAUGGCGUUGAUGUCUGGGAAAUUGAUCAUCAGCUACUAAAAUUUGAAUACAAGAUUGCAUCUGGUUCAUAUGGUGACUUAUAUAAAGGUACAUACUGCAGUCAAGAAGUAGCUAUCAAAAUCCUAAAAUCUGAGCGCUUGAACACAGAAUUGCAGACGGAGUUCGCCCAAGAAGUGUAUAUCAUGAGAAAAGUUCGUCACAAGAACGUUGUGCAGUUCAUAGGGGCUUGUACUAGCCCUCCCAACUUGUGUAUAGUAACAGAGUACAUGUCUGGGGGAAGUGUAUAUGACUAUUUACACAAACAAAGGGGCAGUUUUAAACUACCUACUGUGCUUAAAGUAGCGAUUGAUGUAUCCAAAGGGAUGAACUACCUGCAUCAAAAUAAUAUUAUACAUAGGGACUUGAAGGCCGCCAAUCUACUGAUGGAUGAAAAUGAAGUCGUUAAAGUGGCUGAUUUUGGUGUUGCCAGGGUAAAGGCACAAACCGGUGUCAUGACAGCAGAGACCGGUACUUAUAGAUGGAUGGCCCCUGAGGUAAUAGAACACAAGCCCUAUGAUCACAAAGCAGACGUAUUCAGUUUUGGGGUUGUGCUAUGGGAGUUGCUGACAGGAAAGAUUCCAUAUGAGUACUUAACCCCAUUGCAAGCUGCUAUUGGAGUGGUCCAGAAGGGUUUGCGACCAACCAUACCCAAGCACACUCCUCCUAAACUUGCUGAUCUGCUCGAGACAUGCUGGCAGCAAGAUCCAACAUCCAGACCUGACUUUUCUGCAAUAGUCGAUAUUUUGCAGCAAAUAGCAAAAGAGGUUGGACAUGAAAAAGCAGAUCGUUGCAAGGAGAAGGCAUCUGGAGGAUUCUUUUCAGCGCUUAGACGUGGGCAUCACUGAGUUGAUGCAAAUACAGAAUAUUGAUGCAGUGAUAUUUUUAGUUACACCUAAUUUAAACAUGCUUUUAGCCUAUUUAUUCUUACUGUACAGAUUGUUUUUUUCACUGACCAAUGCCCCAAUAGUCGAAUAAAAAUUUUGCUUUCAAUUUUUUGAACACAGUUUA